AAAUAAGAAUAAAUGUAUGAAAAAAUUUUAAGAACGCUGACAUAGAUCAAGUGCGCAUGUCAAGAUACCUAUUUCCUCCAAACUAUAUAACGAAAGUAAAUGGCGUCAAUGGCAAAUCUGUCUGUCAAAGUCGCUCGAAAAGCGGCUGCCAGUAAUAUUCUUGGAAGGAUAGGUCUACCCUUAGUGUCAGUAAAAAACUUUCAUUUUCGAGUCCAUGGUAGGAAUACUGAUGCUAAAGUCUCAUCCUCAAGUAUUUCCAGAGACUAUCCAGUUGUAGAUCAUCAAUAUGAUGCUGUUGUGGUAGGAGCUGGGGGAGCUGGCCUCAGGGCAGCUUUUGGUCUUGCCAAUGAUGGGUUCAAAACAGCCUGCAUCACUAAGCUGUUCCCCACAAGAUCUCACACAGUGGCAGCUCAGGGUGGAAUCAAUGCUGCUAUGGGACACAUGGAGGAAGACAACUGGCAGUAUCACUUUUAUGACACAGUGAAAGGCUCUGACUGGCUUGGAGAUCAGGAUGCAAUCCAUUACAUGUGUGAGGAAGCUCCCAAGACUGUGAUAGAGCUGGAAAACUAUGGUAUGCCUUUCAGCCGCUUGGAAAAUGGUAAAAUUUAUCAGAGAGCUUUUGGUGGACAGAGUUUAAAGUUUGGCAAAGGUGGUCAGGCUCACAGGUGCUGUGCAGUAGCUGAUAGAACUGGGCACAGUUUGUUGCAUACUUUGUAUGGAAGGUCCUUGAAAUAUGACACCAAGUAUUUUAUUGAAUACUUUGCCCUUGACCUCAUUAUGGAAGAUGGUGAAUGUCGUGGUGUUACUGCCCUCUGUCUAGAAGAUGGAUCCAUUCAUAGGUUUCAUAGCAAGAACACCAUCAUUGCCACUGGUGGCUAUGGUCGUACAUUUUUCUCCUGCACAUCUGCUCACACAUGUACUGGUGAUGGUACAGCAAUGGUCAGUCGUGCUGGACUGGCCAAUGAAGACAUGGAGUUUGUUCAGUUUCACCCAACAGGUAUCUAUGGAGCUGGGUGCCUGAUCACAGAGGGAAGCCGUGGUGAAGGCGGUUACCUCAUCAACUCUGAGGGAGAGAGAUUUAUGGAGAGAUAUGCCCCCAAUGCCAAAGAUCUUGCCUCCAGAGAUGUGGUCUCUCGUGCCAGCACAAUUGAAAUACGAGAAGGAAGAGGAUGUGGUAAAGAGAAGGACCACGUCUAUCUUCAGCUUCACCACCUUGACCCACAAGUAUUGCACACACGCUUGCCAGGUAUCUCUGAAACUGCCAUGAUCUUUUCUGGUGUCGAUGUGACCAGAGAGCCCAUUCCUGUCCUCCCAACUGUUCACUAUAACAUGGGAGGCAUACCUACCAACUACAAAGGCCAGGUGAUUAAGUACAGCAAGGCCACAGGAGAUCAGGUUGUUCCUGGACUCUAUGCUGCUGGUGAGGCUGCUUGUGCCAGUGUCCAUGGUGCUAAUCGUCUUGGGGCCAACUCUCUCUUAGACAUUGUAGUAUUUGGCAGAGCCUGUGCCAAUACAAUAGCCGAGGAGAACAAACCUGGAGAAAAGCUUGCACCUAUUAAACAAAAUGCUGGAGAGGAAUCAGUAGCCAACCUUGACCGCCUGAGACAUGCUGAUGGAAAAACAACAACAGCAGAUCUGAGGCUUCUAAUGCAAAAAACAAUGCAAAACCAUGCUAGUGUUUUCCGUGAUGGCCCUACUCUGAAAGAAGGCUGUGAAAAAAUGGCUAAAGUUUAUCAAGGCUUAGAAGAUCUGAAGGUCACUGACCGUGGCCUCAUUUGGAACAGUGAUCUGGUUGAAACUUUGGAACUUCAAAAUCUCAUGAUCAAUGCUGUGCAGACCAUUGUUGGUGCUGAAGCCCGCAAAGAAAGUAGAGGAGCUCAUCACCGAGAAGAUUUCCAUACUCGUAUUGAUGAAUACGACUAUAGCAAGCCUUUGGAGGGUCAGCAAAAGAAAACAUUUGAGCAGCACUGGAGAAAGCACACCCUUGCAUAUGUUGAUGCUAAAACUGGAAAGGUUACACUUGACUACCGCCCUGUGAUUGACAGUACCCUGAGUCCUAAAGAGGUGGCUACAAUUCCGCCUGCCAUUAGAAGCUAUUAGAACCAGGCAAGUUUUGUUGUGAGACUUCAGAGUUGUCUGACAGACUAGCAGCACGAAAUGAAUUGAUUGUCUUGUUCUUCAUGUUAUCAGGUUUUAAUAUGAUAUUAUUUCCUCAAUCUCAUUCUGCUCUCCCCAACAGUGGGGUCUUAGACAUUGAAGCUCAUUUUAAAUAAAAAUCUUUCUGGUUCUAGAGUAGUUUGAUUGUUACAGGCUCAUUUCAGUAAGGGUUCAACUAUGCUUUGAGCUAAUGUCUUAACUGACAGAGCAACAAAAUGUUUAAAGAGUAUUUGUAUUUUGUUUUCUUUUUUUUUUUUUUUGUUCGUUUCUCGGAAAUGCUUUAUAUUCAAAUACAUGUUUGCAUUUUGUGUUUUUUGUCUGUCUGUUAUAUCAGAACCAGGUGAUGAUGGCUCAAAGUAAACUUUAACUGUUGUGAUAACUUUGUCUGUAUAAUGAAUUCUAUAUGAUGACCUGAGAUUAAAUCGCUUUGUCUGUCUGUUGUAUAUUUACUGACUAGAAUGUGAUCUUCAUACUGACUCACCAGUUACUAAUGUAUUAGUUUUUAGACUAAUGUUAGUUCAUCAUCAGGCUAGUGUGGCCUUGACAUGUCCUGUUGUGUGAAUUGUCUGAAGUACUUGAUGCUUUAUACUGAAGCCAUAUCGAUUCUCACAGAUGUGCAUGUUAUUUGUUUUUUAUGUUUAUUUAUGAUUAUGUAAAUAAAAAAAAACAUUUAAAAAUCA